UAAUCGUAAUGGCAUCGGCAAGUAGUACAAGUGCAAGAUCAUUGUUUGCUGAUUCGAAAAUGAGGCUAGCGGACAGAGUUCAAGUAAAUGUGAAUAAUAUUUCCUCGUUGGCAAGACAAAUUACACGGGGAUCUAAAUCUAGUGAAAUUUUAAUGCAUUCAGCUAGGAAUUUCGCCGCGUUGGAACAAUCGAUGGAAAACACGGAAAAUAACCUUAAAAAAAUGCAGCUUUUGUGUGUACAUUUGGGUUAUCAGCAAGAUUCAAUGAUUAAAUCUGCGACACAAUUGGAAGAAGUUAAAGAGCAAGUCUGUGCAAUGCAGCGAUAAUUUUAUCAACUGUGCUUUGCUGUCAUUUGAUCAAAUUUGUUUUACACAGUCCCAACCACAGAACAUAACUGCCAGGCAGCACU